AUGUACUUGGCUCGGGCCGGGUUUGCGGUUGAUGUUUUUGAGCGGCUGCCAGAGCCGUCGUGCAUGGCCGCGGACAAGCGGCGCGCCUACAUGAUUGCGCUGACUGAGCGGGGUCAGGCCGCCCUGACAGCCCUGGGCAUCGACCUGUCCGCCCACGGCCAGGCGCACACCAGCGGGGCCAUCUGCCUGCACACGGCCCUCGGCACCCACAGGCUGUCGUGUGCCGAGAGCAGUGUCGGCUUCACUAGGGCGGAUCUGACGCAGAUGCUCAUCGACGAGGCACGAUCCCGCUACCCUCGUCAGAUCACCUUGCACUUCGGCGCCAAGCUGGCUGGCGUGGACCUGGAGGGGCAGGUUGCGACGUUUGAUGAGAUGACAUCAGCAGCACCCCCUGGUGACAUCAGCAGCGGCGGCGGGGCGGGUAAUUUGGGUGAUGGUGUCGUGGGGGCCAAGGCGGAGGCAGCAGCGGCGCGCAACUUCCCUUACGACCUGAUUGUUGGAGCGGACGGCGCCAACAGCCAGGUGCGCGCCGCGAUGCAGGAGGCGGACCCGUCCCUGAGGGUCGACGUCGCCGACAGCGGCCGCGAGUACCUCACAUUCCACUCGAUCCCUCCUGCCCCCGGCAUGGAGCCCCCAUCUGGCCCCAGCCCCUCUAGCGGCGCCACGGCCACCACCACCGGCGGCGCCGCCGGCGCCGCAGCCGGGGCCGGCGGCGGCGCGGGGCAGGGGGCCGGGGCGGGGCAGGAGCUGCAUCUGUUUGCGUCUGGGGACCCGCGGGCGAUGCUGUCUGCCCACAGGAGCUGCAACGACCCCGGGUUCAGCGGCAUGGUGGCACUGGAGGCGGGGGGAUUCGACGAGCUGGUGACGCCGGCUGAUUUCGAGGCUAUGCUGAAGGCCAAGUUCCGCCAGGCGCCGGCCGAGUGGGUGCCGCUCGUGGCCGCCCAGCUCUCCGCCGCCAAGGCCGCCGCCGGCCGUCCCAGCAGCGUCGGCAAGCGCAUCCGCGUGUCGCGCCUCGACGGGCGGGCGGCGAUCCUCGUAGGCGACGCCGCGCACGGCGUGACGCCCGUGCACGGCCAGGGCGCGAACUCGGCGCUCGAGUCGUGCGCGGUCCUCGGCGCCGCGCUGUCGCGCGCCGCCGCUGACGCCGCCGCGGCGGCUAAGGCCCGAGGGUCCGGCCUGGCACAGGCUAGAGCGGCCGCCGUGGCGGCGGUGCCCGCCGCGUUCGACGCCGCGCGGCGUGCCGACGCGCACGCGCUGGCCGCGCUCGAUGAGAAGGCGCACGCGCUGUUCGAGAGCCCUUCGCUGUUCAACGCCGACUUUCGGGAUAUGGUCGGCCACGUGUCCCUCGGGCUGCUGUCCCGCCUGAUGCCGGGCAGCUCAGGGAGAAAGGGGCCGCCCGAGCUUUUGCAGAUCGGCAGCACGCUCCCUUACUCAGAUAUCGUCAGGGCGAUGGACAGGGACGCGCGCGCGGCCAAGGCGGUCGGGCAGGCGCUGGCCGGCGCGGUCGCGGCAGUUGGGCUGCACUCGCUCGCGGGCGCCGCGGCGGCGGCGGCGGCGACAACGGGCGGGCUGCCUGGACUGUGA